AUGAAAAAAAGCAAUUUAAAUUCAGAAAAUUAUUGGAAAACUUUAGUUUAAUGUAUAAAUGCUUUAAAUUAUAAUAAUAAAAUAGGAAAGAAUAUUACUUAAAAAGUUAAAAAUGUUAUGAAAGCACAGGAUUACAAAUUUUGGGUCAAUUUAUUAAGUCAAACAAAAAAAGAAAAGGAUUUCUACAAAAGAUAAUUUGAAAGUUUGAAUCUAAUUUAAAAAUUUGAAUAAUAGAAUAAAAUAAAUUUGAAUAUAGAAGUAAAAUUUAAAUUCCCAAUCUUAAAUUAAAAAAACAAUAUCGAAUAUGUAAUUUUGGAAGAUUAAGAAAAUAAAGAAUAUAUUAUUAUGAAUUCAGAUAUAAAAUACUAUGUUUCCUAUUUUAAAGAAGAUAAUUAUAGUAAAAUAACCAUAGCAAUUAUUAAAGAUUCGCAACUUUAUUGGGGAUUAGGAAAUAUUCAUGAAAUUGAAAUCAAAAAUGAUGAAAAUGAUAAAAAGAUUAACUUAGAUAAAAUAAUCUAUUUUUAAAAUAAUUUUAAUUCAUCAUUUUUGUUAGAUUAAUAUAAAUUUUAUCAGUUUAAUUUAGAUUUAAAUUCAAAAAAUUAAUUUGUUGGGACUGUUUUUAUAUAUGAUUUCAAAGGAAAUUAGAAUCUUAUCAAAUUUUAAGUUAAAAGUGAUCACUAAAUUAUUAGUCAUAUAAAAGGCUUUACUGCUAUUAAACACUCUGAUUCCUCAUUUUCUUUAUUAAGUGGAUGUAAAGAUGGCAAUUUAUAUUAAUAGAUAGGAAUAAAAUUAGAUCUUGUUGAAGGAAAUUCCUUAAAGCUUAGUUAAUAUAAAAAACAAAACAGUCAAUUACCAAAAGGUUAUGAUUACCCUUUAAUUGUUUAAUUGCAAAAAAAUAAUGAUUAAAAAAAUGAAUCAACUAGGUUUAUCUAUUUUGAAUCUUAGACCAGAUAUUUUGCUGUUCCUUGCAUAUCUGAAAUAUAUUAAGUUAAUUUUUAACUUAAUCAGUUUGAUUCUACUUGCAGAUGUGAUAAAUUUCAAAAUGUUUCUGAUAUUCAUUUGAUAUAAAAUUAUUCAAGGCUUUUUAGAUCAGAUUAGAGUAAUAUAAAAUAUGAAAUUAUUAAUUCAAAUGCGAUUGCUUUAGAAUUGGUUGUUUUCGAGUAAAAUUUAUAACGGAAUAAAUUGGAAGAUUAAAUUUAUAGCAAAGAUAUUAAGCUAUAGAAAAACCUUUAAUGCAAUUAUAUGCAUUUUAAAUUUAUAUUUUAGUAGCAAUAAAUGUUAUUGAUGAAAAUAAAAAUUAAUUUAAAUGAAAGUUCAAUGCUUUUUUAAUCAUUAAAUGAUAAUUUAAAUUAAAUCUGCCUUUAUGAUAAUGUAAAUUAAAAUUUAUUCUUUUUUAGUGGCUAGAAGAUUAAAAUAUUCCGCACAUAUUUUUAUACAAUUCAAAACAACAUAUUUAUUUAUUAUACUAUUAAAAAGAUAAGUCAGGAUUAUAUGAAACCAAAUAUUUUAUAUUUUAAUGUCGCAAGAAUUAAAAAGAAUGUAUGCCUUUCGAUGAAGUCAUAAUAAAUGAUUAUUACAAUUGUGUAAUUUGGAUUGUUAGGAAAUACAAUGAUAGAAAAUAUCCAUAUUUGGUCAUUUAUAAUUGGUAUUUUAUAUUAAUUUAUCAAGUCAUUGGAUGAGUCUUUAGGAAGUUAAAGAAGAGGAUAUCAAUAGACGUAAAGAAGUUUAUAUGGAUAAAGUAUAUGAAAUUAAUAGAUUUACUGAAGAAUUUGAUCUAAUGGGUCUUGAAAUAGAAAAUCAAAAUAAUGUAUUAUUAAAUUAAAUUUUAGAUACUCAUAAUUUUUAACUCAAAAUUUAUUUGCAAUGUUCCAAUAUAACUAUUAAGAAAUUAGAAUUUCAGUCUUUUUAUUAAACAGUUAAAAUCUGGAAUUUUAUUUGAUGAGAUAUUUUAUUUUGACUUAAAAUUUUCUCUUAAAACUGCCAUUAGCAUUUUAAAUUUGAGUGAGAAUAAAAUUGCUUUUUUUUAUCAAUAUUGCAUUGAAUAUUGCAUUGCGGAUUGUAUAGAUGAAAAUAAAGUUCUAUACUAAAUUGAAAUAUAAGGAAAGAUAUUGAACAUUAAAGGAAAUAACAAUUAAAAAUUAUAAUAUAAUUCUAAUUAAUAAAAUAGAGGUGAAUAUCUAAACGAUGAAAAUCAAAUUUCUAUUAAAUAAUAAUUUAAUUAUAAAGCAUCAAGCUCAUUAAUUUUAGCAAGGCUAAUAUCUAUAUAAAUGUAAAAUUAAUUUUUAUAAUCUUUAAUUUUUUUGGAAGAGGAGUAUUAAUAAUUUUAUGCAGUUUAACUUUAAUUUUCUUUAAAAUCAAAUGAAACUGUGAUACUUAGAAUGAUAAAAUUAAAAUAGUCAUUUGGAAAUCUAAAAAUUUUAACAAGCAUUUCAACAAAUAAAGCUGAAACACUUUUUUUAUGUGACAAUCAAAUCGAAAUAAUAAGAUCAGUAAGAUCCUUAGAAACAUUAUAAUGA